UUGGGAAGAAGAGCUCUGUACUGUACUGAACCGUACGGUGUGCUUCACUUCAAGGGGCGACCUGAGAUUUAAUUUUCCUAAGAACAUAUUCAAUUUGAUCGAUAUACAUGGAAGGUGGCUUUCUUGUAGUUCUUCUUGCGGCGUUCGUCGCCGUGGCUGCGGCGCAGACGACGACGACUACGCACGUUGUGGGUGACCGGAUUGGGUGGAUCAUCCCACCGGGCGGCGACGCCGCCUACCGGACUUGGGCCGCCACUAGAACCUUCCGGGUUGGCGACGUGCUCGUGUUCAAUUUCACAACGAACAUUCACGACGUGGCCGAGGUGAAUAGGGCAUCGUUCGACUCGUGCAGCGGGGCCAACCCGAUCUCUAUGACGACCACCGGGCCGGCCCGAAUCAAUCUAACGACUGCCGGCGAGCAUCAUUAUAUUUGCACUUUCUCUCAGCACUGUGCCCUUGGCCAAAAAUUAUCCAUAAAUGUUUUGGCCGCCACAUCUGCCACCCCGGCCCCACAACCCGCCACUCCUCCGCCAGCCGUUGCACCGCAGCCACCCACCAUGGCGGCACCAGCCCCGGCACCUAGAUCAGCUAGGACUCACACCGUUGGUGAUGGCCUUGGCUGGAUCGUGCCGCCGGGUGGUGCAGCUGCGUACCAAACAUGGGCUAGGAAUAUUAACUUCGGUGUCGGGGAUACUUUAGUGUUCAACUUUGGUAAUGGAAGACACGACGUCCUAGAAGUAACACGCGCCGAAUUCGAUUCAUGCACUGUCUCAACGACCACCACCCGGCCCAUAACUUCCGCCCCGGCCAGGGUUCCUAUAACCACCUCCGGCGACCACUAUUACAUAUGCACAUUUCCUCAGCACUGUUCAUUGGGCCAAAAGCUAGCUAUCAAUGUCGGCUCUGGCACUGCUUCAUCGCCAAACUCCGGUGGGCCCUCAACGCCCUCGCCGGAAACCGCCCCUCCUCCACCAACCAGCUCCGCCCCAUUGCCAGAGGCGGCGGCUUCUUUAACCAUGGCUCUGUUCUGCAUUGCCUUGGUUUUCUUGCAUAAUUAGAGAGUUAUGAAUAUCUUUUAUAUUUUUUUUCCAAAAUAUGAUUGAUAUUUAUUUGUGUAAUUCAUAUAUAUAUACAUUUUGUAUACUUUUUGGUUAUAUUUAAUAAAGCUGAUUUUGGAAUUUAGCUACAAAUACA